ACCUCAGUUGCUUUGGGUGAGCGGAGCAGAGCAGGCGGCACCAUGAGCUCCAUUCUGGACGUCCGGAACCUCUACCAGAACCUGAUCAACCUCUCGCUGAGCGAAGAGCUGGACGCACCUGCCUUCUCCUGCAGCCACCCGUCCUGCUCCUCUGAGGCGGCGCUGCCGGGUGGCGGGGACUCGGCAGUGUGGCCGCCGCGCAGCCCCUGGAGCCCCAAGAGCGAGCAGCUGCGGCCCCCGCUGCGCCCGGACCGCUCGGUCAGCCUGAUCGAAGGCAAGGCGGCCCAGCCGCUGCCGCCCCCGCCGCCAGGCUUCCCACCACUCAAGCCGCCCGGCACGCCUGCCCCGUCGUCCCGCUAUAAGACGGAGCUGUGCCGCACCUUCAGCGAGAGCGGCCGCUGCAAGUACGGCGCCAAGUGCCAGUUCGCCCACGGCUCGUCCGAGCUGCGCUCCGUCAGCCGCCACCCCAAGUACAAGACGGAGCUGUGCCACAAGUUCUACCUGCACGGCGAGUGUCCCUACGGCUCCCGCUGCCACUUUAUCCACUUCCCCGAGGAGGCGCAGGCCUUCGGCAGCCACGGAGGCGCCUCCCCGCACCUCCUGCGCCAGAGCGUCAGCUUCUCCGGGGUGCCCAGCGCCCGCCGCGGCUCCCCGCUGUUCGGCCUGCCCGACCCGGCCUCCUUUGCCCGGGCGGCCUCCGUCUCGCCUCCACCCGCCUCCGCCGAGCUCCUCUCGCCCGCCUUCGAGCACCUCAACCUGGACCCGCUCGCCCUAGUGGCCUCCUUUGGGGACUCGCUGGCGCCAAACCCCGCCGGGGGCUGCUGCUCCUGCCGCUGCGGGAAGGGGGCCGUCAGGAGCGGCUCGCUCCAGAGCCCCCGGGACUACUUCUCGGCCGCCCCCGGGACGCCCCCGUCGGCCCUGCCCAGAACCCCCUCCUCCAACUCGCUCACGGACUCUUACAGCAGCUCCAGCAGCCUCAGCGGCUCCGACUCCCCGGUUUUCGACCAGCACCCCGUCGGCGGGCCGGCGGGGACCACUCACCGCCUGCCCAUCUUCAACCGGCUCUCCGUCUCGGACUGAGGGCCCAACGGGACACAUGUAGGCGCUGGCUCUCGAUCGCAACGGAGAGGGCCGCCCUCGGGAUGAGAUUCCUUCGGAGGGGUGGGGGGACCAAGGCCGAACCCCCCCCCCCUCCCAGCCUGAACUGAUGCUUUUGGGGGCUUCUCCUGCUCUUCUGAGUCCUCCCCUUGCCUGUUCUUUGGGGGAGGGGCUUUUCCUGCCUCCCACCCGCUGGCCUUACUGCCCUCAAGAGGCCUGGGGGCAAAAUGGGGUUCCAGUCCUUUCAGCUUCCCUUUCACCACUUGGUGCCUUAAGGGGACACCAGAGGGGGGGGGGGCAAAUCCUUACUUCCCCCUCCCGACCUGGGAGUGCCUUAUGGCUGUGUGUGUGUGUGUGAGUUAGAUGGUUCUUUUAACUAUCUCAAAAAUUUACCGUUCAGGGAGCCAGGAAACCAAGAUGGGGAGGGGGGGUCAGUUUAAUUUUCUCUCUGGUUUUGCACUCUGGGCUGAGCUGAGGAGGGGCAGUGGGUGGAUCAGCCCACAGCCCCCUUCCCCCCUUCCUUCCCCUUAAGGAAUCCGACUGUAAGGAGAUUGUUCCCUUUUGGGGAAUUCCUACCUAGAGAAGCCCAGAGAAGUGAAAAGAAAGGAUUUUUAUACUCUUUAUUCUAACAGGGUGUUUGCAAGCUUGGUUACUUGAAGAUGGUUGGACUUCAACUCCCAGAACUCCACCCGUCUCCAGGUGAGGUUCUAACACCUGAGCAUUAUGCCAAAGAUAUGAACAGUCCCAGGGAGAGAAGGAAGUUUACUUCUAUGUAGCAGUUUGGUUUCCUUGUUUUACAAAUCCUCCUCCAGUGGUGAGGAGGAAAAAUAAAUAAAUCUCACACCACAGAAGCCAGAUCAAGACCGGGGAAAAUAAGACUUAGAUGACAUCCUGGUAGCUCUUAAAUGUACCUUUUUUAAAAAAAAGAAAAUAUCAUGCUUUAUACUGUGAAUAUUCUCUCCUUAUCUAGUCCUCCAGCAAGAAUAGGUUGAGAAUUAAGGAGAUGUGCUGAAUUUUAUCUUUUUUUAUUUUUAAUAACCCCCCCCCCAUGUUGUGCCCUCUGGAGCUUUUGAAAUAACGGAAGUGUUUUCUCCUUGGGGUGCUCUGAACCCCAAUAAUUCUGCAUCCCCUUGGGGCAAGGGAGAGGUUUGCUCUCUCUUCCUCUCCUCCCAAAUUCCUCUGCCAGGUGUGAAAUUGUACCAUUUUUGGAAAAUUGGAAUCCGAGUGACGUGUGUGUCUCCUACCCACCUCCUUGCUCCAGUGGGGUGAAAUUAAAUAUUAAGCUUAACCUUGGAUAUGAUCAGACACAAAAUCUUGCCUCGAUUGCUCUUUCUAUGAGAAACUCAGAUCUGAACCAAACUGGAUGUCCGAUCCUUCUCCCCUAUGCCAAAUUUGACAAAUUCCAGAAUUUGUACUUUCUUCCUCGGGGUCACCCAAGGAAUAUUUAGCCCACUCUUCAAUCCCAUGAAAUUAAAUCUCUGGGAAUUCUGCCCCUCCGUACCCUAGGGGAGGAUGUGGGACUGGCCAACCAGAGGCCAAAUCUCU